GCAAAGAAUGUUGUCAUGAGGACAUACCCACGCACUCCACAGUCAGUGCAGGACAAAUGCACUUGAACCAAUAAUAAAACCCACUUUCAAGUUCGGCCAGUGUACAUUCACGCUGAAGAAAUUCACACCGAAGGACAAAUUUACCUUACAAAAUUCUAGUUAAGACAAUCAGUAUUAAGCCCCACGGAAAAAUGUCGUACCCUCGAAAUUUUAUAAAUCCACUCUCCCUGCAAAUAUGUUUCCUUCUCCUGGCUUCCUUUUCCAAUGGACAAAAUCCCUAUCAGUCUUACCAAACUUCGAUUUAUUGCAACGCCUCGUCCCCCAUUGAACAUCCGACCAGUAUCGAGGAAGUCCAGGCAAUCGUAAACUUGGCGAUUUCAACUAACCAAACCGUGAAAGCGAUCGGAAGCCGGCAUUCCAUUUCGGACGUAAUCUGCACUGAGGGAAUUCCCAUGAAUUUGGAGAAUAUUAAGUACACUGUGUUAAAUUCUGAUGGGACCGUAAAAGUGGGGGCAGGUGCGAAGGUGAAAGACGUCCUGGACUUUUUACAAAGUCAUAAUCUGUCCUUGAUCCAUGUGCCAGCUUUUGGUGGCAUCACUGUUGGUGGCGCUAUCGGAACCGGAGCUCAUGGAUCCUCCCUACUCCACCCGACCUCUCUGUCCGACCAAGUUGUCGGCCUUACCAUAGUCGACGGACAAGGAAAUGUUCAAAUAAUCAAUUCUGCCAAUGAUCUCGCCGGAUUCCAAGUGCAUUUAGGCCUCCUCGGAAUAGUUGUCGAUGUCACGCUGACCACCGUCCCAUUGUUCAAAAUGACCAUACGAAACACCCUCCACCCCGAAACCAUUCUCACCGACGGCACCGCUCUCAUCUGGGCCCAGAGUAGAGAUUGGUUCGAAAUGUGGUGGUUUCCCAGCUCCUCCUCGGUCGUCGUUUCUGUCGGAGAUUACGUCGACGUUUCCACCCCGGGGGAACAUUACACAAACAUGUUGCCCAACGUCAACCUUUUAGAAGUCAUUGCGGGUCGCACGGCAUAUGAACUGCUGCAAGCUACUCGAAAUACAUCAGGGCUUCUUGCCAUGGAGGAAGCGACGCGCUUAUCCAUGUACGAAGUUCCUGGAGCAAAACCCCCAUUGUACACUGGAGACGGGGUAAAGUUAGAAAACCCUGCGACAGGUUUUGCCCAUCAACUUAUGUCGAAUCGAUGCGAAAGCUGUCCUUGGGAUUACGGCGCGGUAGCUUUGAAUCCGGAAGAAUCCUCGCUAGCAUUCAAUUUGUACGAUUUGCCUCGCGUUGUGAACACUGUGAGAGGAAUUCUAAGUCAGGAAGGGGCGGAAAAUACGCUAUUUACCAUGAUCGGGAUGUUCAUCAGGUUUUCAAGGGCGUCUCCCGCUCUCAUGGCGAUUAGUAGUGGACGACCCACGGUAACUUUUGAGUGGACCACGCCAAUGAGAACGGACCCAUUUAACACGCCGAAAGCGGGGAUUGCUGGCUUUCAAGCUAUCGCGCAGGCAAUGGUCACCGAACACUCUGGUCGUCCCCACUGGGGUAAAAAUGGGCCUUACUUCUUCAAUCCAGACAUCUUAGAAGAAGUUCACCCGAAUCGGAACUCGUUUAUCGGCCUCAUGGCGAAAUACGAUCCCAACGGCGUGUUCCACAAUAAAUUUGCAAAACGGCUUCUCGCCACCAGCGCGGAGAUGAAUGUGCACCCCAGCGUGACACAUUGUGCUUUGCAGGAAUACUGCAUCUGCUCGAAAGAUGAUGACUGUGGAAAUAACCAGAUUUGUAAGGCGUUAAAUGGCUACAUGGCUUGUCAUGAUGCUCCCACAAACUCAAAGAAGGAUUCCAAUUUAACUAUACUUUAGGAUUUUGUACUUUUAACUGAAAAUCGACUGAAAUAAAAAAGAAUAAACCAUA